GUCAAAAACUGCACUUGAAAUUGUUUAUCUUUCAUAAAAUUCUCUUUUGAAUUGGGGUUUGCCUGUAUAUAAAACUUUUCUAACCAAUUUUUUAAGUCAUUUAAUAAUAAUUAGUCCGUGAAAUAAUUUCUGGUGUGAAAAAGUGCGUCGAUCUGUCAAAUCUUGAGGUUAGGAUCGCUAUGGAAAAUCAGAAUAAAGAGGAUCAAAGCCAAGAUGGAUCAGAUUCGGAUGUGGAUGAGGUCGAGCCAAGACUAAAGUACGUCAGGAUGCGAAAUGACCUUGAAAAUAUUCUCCAAAGGGACGCAGCAAGUUGCAUCGCUGUUCAUCCAAAAUUCCUCUGCAUUGGCUCGCACUGGGGAACAAUUCACCUUCUCGAUCAUCAGGGAAAUGUCGUAGAAUUUAAAAGUUUUGGGGGCCACACAGUCGCCGUUAAUCAGAUUUCGAUUGACCAAAAUGGAGAUUAUAUUGCGUCCUGCAGUGACGAUGGACGAAUUUUUAUUCUCGGACUUUACAGCACCGAAAAUACGCACAACAUGUCCACCGGACGAUUAGUCAAGUGCAUCGGAAUCGAUCCGAAUUAUAUCAAAGCCGGAAGUGGAAGAAGAUUUAUAACUGGAGACGACAAGUUGAUUCUUUAUGAAAAAACUUUUCUCUCUCGAAUGAAGCCGACAGUUUUGUGUGAAGCGGAAGGAGGCGUUCUGGCGAUUGCCUGGACGGGACAAUUUGUCGCCUGGGCCUCAACUACAGGAGUGAGAGUCUACGAUUUAAAUAGUCGAUGCUCUUUAGGACUUUUAACCUGGCCCCGAUCGGGAGACACCAUUCCCGAACACUACAGAUGCAAUUUACGUUGGUCGGACGACAUAACGCUUUUAAUUGGUUGGGUAGACACAGUUCGAAUUUGUCAGAUUAAAAAGCGAUCCUUUCUCGACCUGGCAAACCGAGAUUUGCCGGAAUAUGUAGUCGAUCCAGUCUCAACUUUCCAAGUCGAUUUCUACAUAUCGGGAAUCGCACCACUCGAAAAUCAACUCGUUCUUCUCGGCUGUUCGAAAAGUCUUGACGAAGAGGGAAAAAGUUUGCGUCCCACUUUACAUGUUAUAGAGCCUAGAUUUCAAGACUACACAACCGUUUGUGCGAAUUCUCUAACUCUGAGAGGGUACAAAGAAUAUAGUUGUAAUGACUAUCAUUUGGAUUGUCUCAUCGAGGAGAAUAGAUUUUUUAUAGUGAGUCCGAAGGAUUUAGUCGUAGCGAGUUUAUAUGACGCUGACGAUAGAAUUCAGUGGCUUCUCGAUCACGGAAAAUUCGAAAAAGCCUUGGAAGCCGUGACUAUAAACGGCGGAAAAGAUUGCAAACACACGAAAACUGACGUUGGUCGCGUUUAUCUGGAUCAUUUAUUAGCCGAGGAAAAAUACGAAAAAGCUGGGAAACUCUGUCUGACGAUUUUGGGACAGAACAAAAAGCUCUGGGAAGAAGAGGUUUACAAAUUCGCUCGAGUCCAUCAACUCCGAUCGAUCUCCGCUUAUCUUCCCCGAGGAGACGUGACUCUGGAUCCUCUAAUUUACGAGAUGGUCCUCUACGAAUAUUUAAAAAUGGAUCCCGACGGUUUUUUGCAAUUAGUCAAAGAAUGGUCGCCCACUCUCUAUACCGUGACGGCAGUAGUUAACGGAGUUCUCGAACAUCUUCUCGUUCACAAUCAAAGACAGAAUGUUCUUCUGGAAGCACUUGCGAUUUUAUACAGCCACGGUGGAAAAUAUGACAAGGCUCUAGCGAUGUAUUUAAAAUUAAGACACAAGGACGUCUUUCAGCUCAUCCAGAAGCAUCAGCUCUACAAUUCCGUCUACGAUAUGAUCGAGGGAUUGAUGGAUCUUGAUUCCGAAAGGGCGAUUCAAUUUUUUUUGGAAAAAGAGAGAGUUCCCUCGGACAUUGUCGUUCAGAAGUUGCAGAAUAAUCAUCGGUAUCUUUAUAUGUAUCUGGACGCCUUGCAUAAAAAGGACACAAAGGACUCGAAAGGAACAUACCACGGGUUAUUGGUUCGACUCUACGCCGAUUAUUCGAGAGACAAACUUCUGCCGCUGUUGAGGCGAUCCGACAAUUAUCCGAUUCAACAAGCUCUCGAUAUUUGCAGUCAGCGGCAAUUUUACCCCGAAAUGGUGUACUUGCUCGGGAGAAUCGGAAAUACGUCAGAGGCUCUGGCUCUGAUGACGAGAGAGUUGAAUGAUAUGGAAAGUGCAAUUGCAUUCUGUCAGGAGCACGAUGACGAAGAGUUGUGGAAUGAUUUGAUUAAUUAUUCUUUAGACAAGCCUGAGGCGAUAACAUUCCUUCUUCAGAAAAUCGGAACUUAUGUAGAUCCAAGACUGAUGGUUAAGAGGAUAGAACCUUCGCUUGAAAUUCCUGGGUUGAAAAAAGCACUAGUAAAGAUGAUGUGCGACUAUAAUCUUCAGGUUUCGGUACAGGAAGGAUGCAAGAAAAUCCUGUCGAAUGAUUAUUUUAAUCUGCACGAGAGGCUCGUCAGGUGCCAUGAGAAAGGAAUUUGUAUUGACGACGAUCAAAUGUGCGGAGCCUGCCACAGAAAAAUAAUUGUAAGAGAACCGAGAAAUCUUGUCAUAUUUUACUGUAAACACUCUUUCCAUGAAAACUGCUUGCCAAAUUUGAAAUUCGUGGAAAACUGCGUGAUUUGCAAUCCUCAAAAAGACGCAGAUCUUGGAAAAUGAUAAAAGUGAAUUUUUUCAGUGACCGAUCAAAUGACUUUAGAGCCACCAAAAAAUCCAUCGACUUUCAUUGAAGAAACGACAUGCACCAAAAAUUCAAGACCUAGGGCUCCAAUUUUUUCUACAGAAAUUGAAAAACCACCGACUGGUUGUGUGCAAUUUUUAAUAUUAUCUUUUAAGAAGACCAGGAGGUUUUCUUGAAAACACAGUGAUUCUCUUUUUGCAGCGUCUAAGGAAUUGGAAUUCUGUUUUAAAAUGACAAAAAAUAUGUUUCAUUUAAAAAGGAAGCGAAAAUCGUUCAUUCAUUUUUUUAGAAUUUUUGUUUGUUUUAUAAUUCCUCUGGAAUUUGAGAUUGUAAAUCUUGGAAAGUUUGCAAUCUUUAGUAAAUUGAAUCAUUUUCAAACUUGAAUUUUUUUUCUUGAUGAAGAAAGAAAAUUUACGAAUCUUAUACAAUUCUUAGAAGUUUCACCAUUUUUCUUCUGAUUCUGUUCAUUUAAAAGAAUAUUCCAAUUUUUGAUUUUGGAAAUAAAAAUCGCCAUUCCUUGAAUUUUGAGGCUAUUUGAUUUAAUUAUUGUACAGAGAUUUGCAAUAUAUUUAUAGCAGAUUUUAAAUUAAUUUAUGUUUA